UUCACAUUUUUUUAUCAGUCUAUCGUUCACUAUCGCGGCGUAAUAGUAGAUUUGUUACGAGGGGUUGAAUUCUGUGUUCUUCGUUCGCGAGCUAAAUACCUUCCUUUCUUUAUCAAAAUUAUGCUUCCUUCUCGCAAUGUAAAAUCAAACUGUGCCGUUAUUACUCAAUCCCGCGGGCAGUUUUGUAAUAAUGCACCCCAAAUGAUGCAUAAUUCAUCGAUUCUAUAGAUCGCCACUGCGUCCACCUGUGUAUCAUGGUUUUUCCUUGCAACAGCGUUACGCGAGUAGUAGUGACGAAAAAUAUAGUGCACGAACGAUGAAUAGAGGAUGCAACUAGAUCAAAGACCAGGCUGAAACCUAACCCAGACUUUCAACACAUUUUGAUGCUCGAUGCGGAGAUUCCGUAUACAAAUUCCAAAUCAGAGGGACUCGAAAUUCGACAUGAGUUUGUCGUACAGUAAAGACUUUUCCAUCGUUAUAUCGUCCUUUUUUAUGAAGUGCGUCGGCAUUUGGACAGCAAGGAAUCGUAUCGAGCAACGUGUGAGAAACGUCACUUUAAUUUAUACUGUUUUCACGAUUCUCUUUUCUGUGUGGGUUCAGACAAGGGACUUAUAUUUCUCUUGGGGAGACUUUGGCACCUGCACUUACAUCGCGUGCAAUAUUUUAUGCUUAAACAUGGGUCUGUUCAAAAUAUUCAUCCUGUUUCUGCAUAAAACGAAAUUUCUUGAUUUAGUCACUUACAUGCGGACGAAUUUCUGGCAAUCGAACUACGUUCCGGAGGAACAAAUGAUUUUUACCAGUUGGACGCGAAUUUGUACAUAUUUCAUUUGUUUCUUCACUUUUUUCACAGAGGCUUCGAUAAUCUGUUACGUAAUAAGACCAGUUGUAGCAAAUAUAGGAAGAAAUGAGUCUGACAGAAUACUCCCAUUUAAUAUGUGGCUCGAUCUUCCAUUAUCUCUUACACCAUAUUUUGAAGUAACGUUUAUUUUACAGGUUUUGUCCUUGUAUCACGUUGGCAUAUGCUACAUAUGCACCGACAACUUCUUAUGUAUUAUGAAUUUACACGUGGCUGGACAGUUUCGUAUAUUGCAAUACAGAUUGGAAUGUAUACAAAAGUUUAAGCCUAAAAGUGGGGAACGAGAUGAAAAUUCGAAAGCAUGUUCAUCAUAUUCCGACAAGAAAUGUUACGCCACAUUUAAGAACUGUAUUCAGCAGCAUCAGGCACUCAUUGCAUACUGUGAUAAGCUUGAAGAAGUAUUUAAGAUAAUUGUGCUUGCACAGGUGGCGAUUUUCAGUGUGUUAAUUUGUUUCGUUGGAUACCAGGUGGUAUUGGCGGAUUUAUCUUCUACGAGGCGUAUCACUUUCGUGAACCUCUUAACGUCAAGCAUGUGCCAGCUCUUCAUGUUCACGUACAGUUGUGAUUGCUUAAUACGAGAAAGCACGAAUGUAGCUACGGCGAUAUAUGCAAUUCCAUGGAUGGAUUUACGAAUGGGAAAAUAUGGAAAAUUGCUACGAAAGGAUAUGCAACUUGCGAUCAUGAGAACGAAUCGACCUUGCUGCCUAACUGCUAAUGGAUUCUUCCCGGUAUCGCUGCAAACUUACACUAAUAUUCUGAGCACUGCAAUGUCGUAUUUCACGUUAUUAAAACAGAGUACUGAUGAAGCAACGAGUACAAAAUCUAUGUUCCUGUAUAAUAUGUGCAACGUAUUAAGUUUGGGCAUGUCUGUGUUCAAGAUACUCGUUUUACUUGCACACAAAAAAGAUUUACUUUAUUUAAUUGCGUACUUGAAACAGAAAUUUUUGGAAUCGGAUUACGACGAAUAUGAACAAACGAUUGUGAACACAUGCAAACGCGCUUCUGCAUUCUUCGUUUGCACCUUUACAUGCUUUGCUCAUGCAACGCUAAUUAGUUACGUCAUGUACCCUAUCGCGGUAAACUUUGGAAGAAACGAAUCAGACAGGAUACUUCCAUUUGCCAUAAGAGGGAAUCUGCCGAUAUCCAUGACACCGUAUUUUGAAAUGUUAUUUCUGUUACAGGUUUUAUGCUUGUACCAAAUCGGCGUGUGCUACUUCUGCUUCGAUAAUUUUUUGUGCAUAAUGAAUUUUCAUGCAGCUGCUCAGUUUCGUAUACUACAGUACAGAUUGGAAAAUAUGAAAUGCGCGAACAAUGAAGAAAAAAAUAACGAUAGGUGGAAUAAAUCUCCGUCGCAAUAUGGAGAGCAAUAUUACGCCAUACUUAGAGCCAACAUUAAACAGCAUCAAGCACUCAUUGCGUAUUGUGACAAGCUUGAGAAAGUAUUCAGUUCCUUUGCAUUAGGCCAAGUGGUAGUGUUUAGCUUAAUAAUUUGCCUUGACGGAUACCAAGUACUUAUGGCAGACGCACCACUCAUAAGGCGUGUUAUUUUCGUCUUUCACACAAUCGGUUGCACUGCCCAGCUUCUGAUGUUUACCUACAGUUGCGAUUGUCUGAUAGAAGACAGUACGAAUGUUGCUUCAGCCGCAUAUUCAGCUCCGUGGUCUGAUCUGCAAAUGAAUGAUUAUGGAAGUAUGCUGCGGGGAGACUUAAUAUUUGUUGUGAUGAGGUCCAGACUACCCUGCUGUUUGACAGCCCGUGGAUUCUUCGUUGUAUCUCUGGAAACAUACACUAGUGUGUUGAGUACCGCAGUUUCGUACUUUACUCUGUUAAAGCAACGCGCCACGGAUGAAUCGUAAAACAGCACGAUAAUUUUUGCGUUGUCUUUGGUUCACAUUGGUGUAUGCUACAUUUGCUCUGACAAUAUUUUAUGCAUUAUGAACCUGCACGUGGCUAGUCAGUUUCAAAUUCUUCAAUACAGACUGGAAAAUAUGCAUGAUUCAAAAUCUGACGGUGAGAAGAAUCACAAAAGUCUGAAUAAAAGGUCUUGUGGAGAGAAAUGUUACGCCACAUUUAGAAACUGCAUUCAACAGCAUCAAUCACUCAUUCAAUAUUCUAGCAAGAUCGAAGAAGUAUUCACGAGUAUUGUGCUUGCACAGGUGUUGACAUUCAGUUUGUUAAUUUGUUUUGUUGGAUACCAGGUAGUAUCGGCAGAUUUAUCUUCUACGAGGCGUAUCACUUUCAUCAACCUCUUAACGUCAAGCCUGUGCCAGUUGUUCAUGUUCACGUACAGUUGCGAUUGCUUGACACGAGCGAGCACAGGCGUGGCCACAGCUGUAUAUGCAGGAAUAUGGGUAGAUUUGCCAAUGGACGAAUUUGGAAAAAUGAUACGAAAGGACAUGCAAUUUGCGGUCAUGAGAACGAGACAGCCUUGCCGUCUAACUGCUAAUGGAUUCUUCCCUGUGUCACUGGAGACCUACACUAACGUAACGAUCACCACUUUUUUGUUGUCUCGUAACGUGUUAAUGAAUCAUAACGAAACCAACUUAAAGAAUAAGAUCACGCCUUUUUCUAUGUGAUAGAUCCUGAGUACCGCAAUGUCAUACUUCACAUUAUUAAAACAAAGCUCUACUGGCGCAUAAUCAGUUCGAUUCUAGUAAUGCAUUAGACAGUUAUUAUAACAUAAUACAUUGUAUAUAUGGAAUAUAUGUAUAAAAAAUCAAUCACGUGUACUUUUUGCACUGUCAAAUGGCAUGAAAUUCAACACUCAUAGUCUGACAAAUUGCGCUAGAAACUGAUGUUCAAACCAAUAUAAGAAAUGUACCACGAAUUAUUAAAGGAGCCAGACACUUGAAAC